CUUCCCCCCUGUCAUCUGCCUGCUAUGCCGAGUGGAGUGGGUGGAGCGAGUGCUCCGCCUCAUGUCUGUCGGUCCGCACCUUCUCCCUCCCCCGCGAGUGGAGCGACGAGGCCAAGCAGCUCAGAGAGCGAGGUGUCCACGGCUACGCCCUCUUCCUGGGUUGUCCCUUCCAGCAAGGCGACCAGCAGUCAAGGCCUUGCACAGGCGGCAAAUGUGAGAGGCCGCCGGUGGCAGCUGACAGCGGCCGUGAAGAUGGUGGCAGCAACAGUCUCGUAUUAAGGGAGCGAGGUACGCAGGGAGGGUGCGGCGUAGGCAGGCAGUGUUGACGUGAGGUCGAUGUACGCCUGUCUGUCUGUCUGUCUGUUUGUUGAUCUGUCUGUCUGUCUGUGCAUUGUGUUGGUGUCUGUCCUGCAGACCCACCAGUGAAGGAGUGCGAGGGCGAGUGGUCACAGUGGAGCACCUGUGCAUCCGACUGCAGGCGCACGAGGACAUUCAUCCUUCAUGGCGAUGUGGCCGGUGACGAUGUCCCACACGCUGCUGGCGAGGGCCACAUCACCGUCACCACCUUCAGCAGCAACACCCCCUGCAUGAGACCUGCGAACUGGACACAGGAGGAGCCCUGCGACGAUGGCGAAUGCACCAAAGGUAAAUGUCACAUACACAACAGCCCCCCCAACACACAGUUUGGACGUCUGUGUGUUGCUGGCAUCAGGUCUGGAUGGUGUGGCCGUCGAUGACUUUCCCCCCGCCCCUCGCACACGAGAGGAGGCCGAGCGCAGCGUCCCAGACGAUACCGAUGGAUGGCCCGGCACGGCCAUGUGGCUGGCCAUCUCUAUCCCCUCUGCCAUCCUCAUUGUGGUAGUGGUCAUCGUCAUUAUUAUCUACCGGUGGCAUCUCUGCACCAGGGCGCAGACAGCAGACGGGCCUGCUGCCCCGCCCACCGAGUCGUCCUCAGAGAUCCCUUGGCCAUUUCUCGAGAAGAAGCCGAGUGCCGUCCUGCAACUGGUACGAUAAAGCAUAGGGCGGUCUUGAGCAUGUCGUACUGCCGAGUGCUACCCACCUUCACGAAAUACCUGGCACACAGGACAACAGCACAUCACACAUGUGUCUGGCCGCGUGUGUGAUGUGUCAGGAGGCUCCCUCGCCCCAGAGGGUUGGCGGCAGACUGGUCAUUCCGGGCAUCAAACGAUCCCCCCAGCAAGCAGCCGAGGGGCCUGCAGCCAGCACCGAUGCUUACCUGGAGCGGGGCAUGGUGGUGGUUGGUGCGUCGCCGUGCGCGCCAUCGACGGCAGAGGGCUCUGCUGCAUCGCGGGUGAUCAGCAGUGGGCAAAGCAGCACGCCUUCCUUCGGCAAAGGGGAGGCAGAGAUUGCUGACAAGGCGGCUGUCGUGUGUUAGGUAUAUUGCUUCUUCGCUCAGUCCGCUUCCUUGCUGUUUGUCAAGCUCGCCUGCUGGGUUUCAUGAUGUGUGUGUAUAGCAAAGACGAAUGGGUCAGCGCGGGCGUGUCGCUAUUUUGUUGAAAGCUG